AUGGCAUCUAACAAUAUUUCUGUCGAACGUUGUUGGUCUACACCCUCGACCUCAACGUCCAACAUUAACAAGGAUCUUCAGAAUACCAACUUCAAUCCGAAUGUUAAUCUUCAUUCAAAAAGUGACACUUCUGCUAGGAUAAGCCUAGCAUGCUUGACUUUACCUACUGAAUUCGUCAAUCAUGUUUCUGUCUUUUAUUCCUCGUCUGACGUCUCUGAUUCUACCGGAUGGCUUGACGGAUUGCCUUGUUCUUCUUUGUUCUGCAGCUCUCGUAAGGUGCGUUGUAACGGCAAAUCACCAUGUGCUUCAUGCGUCUCUUCAAACCGGGAAUGUAUUUUCGAUCAAGCAAAAACAAAACGUAAGAGAAAGGCCCGCGUAGUUGAACAUCAGAAUCUCAAGCCGGAUCGACCACCUAGCGCAACAUUCCAACCCCACACAAUUUCUCCCGAUUCAAGAAGAAAUUGCUUCCCGCCUCUUCUUUCCUCUCCAUUAAACCCUACGUCUGAUUCUACUCGACAUGACAGUGAACAAUCGACCGCUCGAAAUCCGCUCACUUUGCAUCAAAACUCGUUAGACACUCAUCUCAACUUCACUAGCUCACCUCGUUGUUCAUCUGAAGAUGAUAUCUCAACCCAGUCCUCGCCCCCUACGAGUAGAAUUCCAUACUUUCGAUUUUUGGGACCAACAGCUAUUGCGCCCGGUGCGCCCUUUAGAGAAAUCAGCAUGAAGUUAGUUAGUCACCAAGCAAAUGAAAACAUGUCUGGAUUUGAUCGAAUGGUCAAUACAAAUCUAGCACCAAUCUCAUCAAACUCAAAAUCGCGUCUCUCCAAUAGUAUGAGUCUCUCAGACCCAACUACCAUCUCACAACAAGACUUCUGUAAACAUGUGGAAGUAUUCUAUGAUCACAUGGGAUCAUUUAUCUCUUAUAUCAACAAAGAGGAUUUAUUGAUCAGUUUAUAUCAAGGAAAGAUUAGUGAAGCUUUGAAAUUAGCUAUUUCUGCUUUAGCAGAAUGUAUUCAACCCUCAUCUACCAUCUUAGACUAUACAGAGCUUUGGUCACAAAGAGCCAAAUCAUUAGUAAUCCCACAUUUAUCUCUACCAAGUCUAGAUACUACUUAUACUUUACUUUUAUUAGCUUAUCUUGAAUUUUCCAGAGAUAAAGAUUCAGGACUUUGGAUGUGGAGUGGAUUGGCCUUUCGAAUGGCUAUUGAUCUUGGACUCUAUAAAUCUACGACAAGUGGAUUAUCAACUUCAUAUGACCGUAAAACAGUUACAUGGGAUGAAUCAGAAUUAAGAAUGAGAGAAAGUAUCUUUUGGAGCUGUUACCAUCUUGAUAGAUUGAUUUCUUCUGGUACAGGACGAGUAGCAACUUUUUUGGAUUCAGAAGUAGAAAUUGAUUUACCACCAACUAUAGCUAUUCCAGAAAAUUCUAAAAUAAUAUCAGAUGAACCACUCUUAGCCCCAUUCCAUUAUUUAACUCGAAUCUUGAUACUAUUGGGAAAAAUCUCUGAUGCUUUCAAUCGAAGUAAAUUAAAAGAUAGAUCCACAAGAGAAAGCCACGCAGAAGUAUUACAAACAUUUAGGGUGAUUACUCCACUUGAACUACACGAAUUCCAUGCUAGUUUGCCACCGAUCUUACAUUUCACGGUUGAUAACGCACGCAGAUAUAUCAAUGCAAAACACGGUCAAGCCUUCCUACUUACUCAUCUAUGGUUUCAUACCUUGGUUAUCAUCACUCACACUGCCAAUGUCGGUCCCGCGUGGAGUUGUCUGGAUGUCGGACCGGUGGACCCAAUGAUGCUUGAAUGGAGUCGAGGCAGUGUUCGAACCAUUAGCGAUAUGCUCGCCUUUGGAAACCUUUUCGAUCCUGACAUCUUCUUGAGCGUGCCUUUUGCGAGUCAGCCGAUCAUGAUCGCAGCAUGCGCGAGUAUACCAAACAAAUUAUCGCAUGAUCCAAAUGGAUCUCUAGAGAACGAUUCAUCUUUGAAUGUAUCAAUCACUCCAUCAGACCUGAGAAAUUUCGAUAUCUGCGCAACUGCUCUGCGUAAUAUGCAACCACGUUGGCGUGGUGUUAGUUGGCUCGUUUCUACAUUGAAUAGUAGAGCGAGUUAUGAAACAGAUGUGGAUCUUUCUACAACUGGUGGUGCAGAAGUCAGUACUUGUGAUAAUAGUUUAAUGAAUAAAUUGGUCGAGAAAAGUAGCGACGUUUUACGACUUUCGAGGAUUCGUCAUGAAGCACUUGUUCCGCAUCUUGUUGGGCUCACCGCCUCUGGUACUUUUCACGAGCCAGCUAGUGGUCGACUUUCACUUCUUCAUCAAGCAAAACCGUUCACUACUACUCCAAUUGAAUGUCCAGAUCUUUCACAACCCAUCUUCUCGAAUGCCCCAUCAGGAUGUUCUUCAAUGUCAAUGAAUAAUAACACUUCUGAUAGAUCUGGUUGUGCCGAUUCUCCUACCAAGUCACAUCCAUCUCCAUCCGUUCCUGUAAUUGAUUAUCAAAUAGGUACACCCUUCGACUUAUCGUCAAUGCCGAUUGAUCCCGACUCUUUAACUUCACUCUCAUCGCCUACUUCUUCUCGAUCAAUACGUCACAUCAAUCAAAACUUAAUCAACGAUUACGAAUCUGAUCAAACUUCUCAAAUCCCUUCGAAUCAUAAUGAAAUCGGAGCUAAUUUAAGAUUUGAAUUAAUUGAAGGAAAUCAUCAACCUAGUUUAACAAAAGAAUUUUUAGAAGAACUUUUUAGUGGAGAAGUGGGAGUUUGGUCAAGUUUUAAAAAACGAUAA